CAUCGAUAGUGACGUUUACGUGGCGGCCGCUGUUUGUUUAAUUUUUGCAGAUUCCUACAAGAACUUUCAGAUUAUUUGUAAAUCAUCAAUGUUACUGUGCAAUAAUCUUGCGAAAUAUUAUUAAAAUAUAAUAGAAUAGUGUAUUAGAGCACAAUGGGGCUUUGCAAAUGUCCCAAGCGUAGGGUGACGAACCAAUUUUGUUUUGAGCAUAGAGUCAAUGUUUGCGAAUAUUGUAUGGUCACGAGCCAUCCAAAGUGCAUCAUUCAAUCGUACUUGCAAUGGCUACAGGACAGUGAUUACAAUCCAAUUUGUGAGAUUUGCACAAAAAGUUUGAGUGAAGGAGAGUGCAUUCGCCUCACUUGCUACCAUGUAUUCCACUGGGCGUGUGCGGAGGCUCGCUACAGGGCACUGCCCCGGACCACCGCCCCUGCUGGCUACAAGUGCCCUUCUUGCUCCACGCUGGUGUUCCCUCCACCCAACCUUGUGUCUCCAGUGGCUGAUGUGCUCAGAGAGAAACUCGCUGGAGUCAAUUGGGCUCGGGCAGGCCUUGGACUACCACUGCUUUCAGAAGACCAAGACAUGAAGGGCGCCACAUUAAGGAGAAGCCAGUCACCCACAGAGAAUACUCCAUUCUACAACAGCACUGUGGAUGGUCUCCGAGGGACUCCUGUCGGGGCCAGUGAUGAUGAGGGCACCAGCCGUUCAGCCAAUGGCACUCCACAUUCCAUUGUACAAAUACCUGAUGACUCGGCCAACAUGUAUAACAACAGGAAGGAUAGUUUUAGCUCAGGUGGCCAAGCUUCACGUAAAGGUUUCAAGCCGUUGGAUCCAGCCAAGCCUUCCAAUAACUUUGACCAUGAUGACAACAAAUACAAACAGAAGUCGACAUUCGCUUGGAUCAACAGAUGGUGGAAGAACUCGCUGCCAGGGUCCCGCGUGCGUCGCGCGGGCGGCAUCUACCGCCGCUACUGGAUCAUAUUCGGCCUGUUCGUGGUGGCGCUGGUGGCCCUGCUGCUGCUCAGCCAGCGAGACGUCAACGACGACAACCCAUUUGGAGUCAUCUAUGACGAGGACAGGAGAAUACUGCAGAAAAACUAAGCUCUUCAACUUAUUUAUCAACUGUAUUUAUUUAUAAAAAAGCAAUCGUAAGUGAUAUAUGUACCUAUAUUGAAAAUGUUGUAAUUAUAAUUCUUCUGUUUAUUAUUAUUAGAUUGUUUUGUAACAAUAAAUAUUGCACGUAAUAAAUGCUAACGUAUU